AGUGGAGUCCAGGAGCAGUCAGCACAGGGUUGGAAGUAGUGGCUGCCAUGGAUGAGGAUGAAGCUUCCAUCUGUAACUACCUGGGGAAGGUGGUGCUGCCUGGACCCCAGCUUGGAGUCUGAGAAAGAACCAGGGGCCGAGAAUGGAAUGGCAGAGUCAGGACCGAACGUAGCUUACAAUAGCCCAGGGCAUGAGAUUAGGGCACUCUGGUGGAACACCGAGGAGCCUGCACAGGGCCCGAACGUGGCCCUCCGUGGCCUCAAGCCUUGGCCUUCCCUCACCAAUGGCCUAGUCCUGGGGCCAGACUCAAACAUUCUGGAAGAUUCUACACAGUCCACCUGGAGGGCUGGUGGGCUGGCAGAGGGGGACGAUGCUUCCAGGAAUCUAUGUCUGGACACUGAGGACCCUCAGCUGGGGUCGGGUGGCCCUGGAGAGCCAGAUGUGCGGGAUGGCUUCAGUGCCACAUUUGAGAAGAUCGUGGAGUCUGAGCUGCUGCGGGGCACCCAGUACAGCAGCCUCGACUCCCUGGAUGUGCUGAGCCUCACGGAUGAGAGUGACAGCUGUGUCAGCUUCGAGGCCCCCCUGACACCCCUCAUCCAGCAGCGGGCCCGUGAUAGCCCUGAGCCAGGGGCUGGCUUAGGCAAUGGGGACAUGGGGCCUGAGGGAGACAUGGGAGCAGCUGGUGGUGAUGGGGAUCUGGGCAGCCCCCUGCGGCGCUCCAUCUCCUGCAGCCGAUCAGAGAACGUCCUGAGCCGCCUGUCUCUAACCGCUGUGCCCAAUGGCUUCCAUGAGGAUGGACCCCCGGGUCCAGGUGGGGAGGAGGAGGAGGAGGAGGAGGAAGAGGAGGAGGACACAGACAAGUUGCUGAACUCAGCCAGUGACCCCAGCUUAAAGGAUGGCUUUUCAGACUCGGACUCAGAGCUGAGCAGCUCGGAGGGGCUGGAGCCUGGCAGCACAGACCCACUGGCCAAUGGGUGCCAGGGGGUCAGUGAAGCUGCUCGCCGGCUGGCCCGCCGCCUCUACCACCUUGAGGGCUUCCAGCGCUGUGACGUCGCCCGGCAGCUAGGCAAGAAUAACGAGUUCAGCAGGCUGGUGGCUGGGGAGUAUCUCAGUUUCUUCGACUUCUCAGGCCUGACUCUGGACCGAGCGCUCAGAACCUUCCUGAAGGCUUUCCCCACUGAUGGGGAGACGCAGGAGCGUGAGCGGGCUACACACUUCUCCCGCCGGUACUGCCAGUGCAACCCGGAUGACAGCACCUCGGAAGAUGGGAUCCACACUCUCACCUGUGCUCUGAUGCUGCUCAACACGGACCUGCACGGACAUAACAUUGGCAAGAAGAUGUCCUGUCAGCAGUUCAUUGCCAACUUGGACCAGCUGAAUGAUGGCCAAGACUUUGCCAAAGACCUGCUCAAGACCCUUUACAACUCCAUCAAGAAUGAAAAGCUGGAAUGGGCCAUUGAUGAGGACGAACUGAGGAAAUCACUGUCUGAGCUGGUGGAUGACAAGUUUGGGACAGGCACCAAGAAGGUGACACGGAUCCUGGAUGGUGGCAACCCCUUCCUGGAUGUUCCGCAGGCUCUCAGCGCUACCACCUACAAGCAUGGCGUGCUGACUCGGAAGACUCAUGCCGACAUGGAUGGCAAAAGGACACCCCGUGGGAGGCGUGGCUGGAAGAAAUUCUACGCGGUGCUCAAAGGGACCAUCCUGUACCUGCAGAAGGAUGAGUACAGGCCUGACAAAGCUCUGUCUGAGGGUGACUUGAAGAAUGCCAUUCGUGUGCACCAUGCUCUGGCCACCAGGGCCUCCGACUACAGCAAGAAGUCCAAUGUGCUCAAGCUGAAGACAGCUGACUGGAGGGUCUUCCUCUUCCAGGCACCGAGCAAGGAAGAAAUGCUGUCCUGGAUCCUUAGGAUCAACCUGGUGGCUGCCAUCUUCUCAGCCCCGUCCUUCCCCGCGGCUGUCAGCUCCAUGAAGAAGUUCUGUCGGCCCCUGCUGCCCUCCUGCACCACUCGCCUCUGCCAGGAGGAGCAGCUGCGUUCUCAUGAGAAUAAGUUGAGGCAGGUGACUGCGGAGCUGGCUGAGCACAGGUGUCACCCUGUCGAGAGGGGCAUCAAGUCCAAGGAGGCCGAGGAGAACCGGCUGAAGGAACACUAUCUCACUUUUGAGAAAAGCCGUUAUGAGACCUAUAUCCACCUCUUGGCUGUGAAAAUCAAAGUGGGCUCAGAUGACCUGGAGCGGAUUGAGGCCCGGCUGGCCACCUUGGAAGGGGAUGACCCUUCUCUCCGCAAGACACACUCAAGCCCGGCCCUCAGUCAGGGCCACGGGACUGUGACUGGCAGCAAAGCCAUGAAGGAUACCGCCGGGCCUGAUACUUAGCUGGCAUGGAUGGGCGAGCCCCAGAGGCAGGCGAAUGUCCCCAGAGGGGUCAGUGAGCACAAUUCCAGCUGGGGGCCACUUGCACCAGCUCCAGGCAGUUGACAGGCAGCCAGAGGGGUGCAGA